UAUUAUAAACGAGUGUUUCGCACGAAGUGAUUCUUUGACGAGUGAUAAUGUCGGCCAACACAAUAUUACUGGACUUCUCGCUCGAUCCCGCACGAAUCAACGAUGAAGAGUCACGCAAGGACAUCGUGAAGCUGUGCAAGGAAAACCUGGAGAAGUAUUUGGUCGGAUUGAAAAUGACGUACGACAUGCUGACCGCCGACGGAUACUUAUGCAUGCUGAACGAAACCGGAACCGGCACCAUCGUGACCAUCCGGUUCUUCCAGCAGGGCCUGCUAACAAUUAACAUCGAAUAUUAUCGAAUCGACGGCGACCAACCGAUAAUAUCAUUCGAACAAAUACGUGAGCUCGAGAACCAUUUGGUGCAAAAACUCAAAUUCAACCAUGGCCAAUCGCUACCACCGCUCCAACGGGGUCCCUUAACCCGUUUUUUCCCGACCGCAGACGAGCGUGUGAUUGAGUACGACAUCGAUCGUGUGUUGUACGAUCAGCGUUCGGAUUUUCAGAAAAUACAAAUCGUACACUCCAAAAGCCUUGGCAACAUGCUAGUGCUGGAUGAACUGCAGAACAUUUCGGAAGCGGAUCUCAUCUACACCGAAACGUUGAUGUGCCGUGGCGUGGAGGAUUACGCUGGGAAGGAGAUUUGCAUUCUGGGCGGUGGCGAUGGUGCCCUGCUUUACGAGCUGCUGAAAGAAAAGCCGAAGCACGUCGUGAUGCUGGAGAUCGACGAGAUGGUAAUGCAGGCGUGCAACAAAUAUAUGAACUCCAUUUGUGGCGAUGUGCUGGAAAGGCUGAACGAUGAUCGCUACGAAAUCAUUCUCGGUGAUUGUAUGGUGUACUUGAACAAGUUCAUCAGAGAUGGCCGCAAGUUUGACUACGUGUUCGGCGAUCUAACCGACAUUCCCAUCUCAGAUACACCGACCGGCGAAAUUUGGGACUUCAUUCGGGUGAUUCUAGAAUCAUCUUUCAAGGUGCUGAAGCCCAAUGGAAAAUUUAUGACACAUGGAAACGGUGUUAGCUGCCCUGAUUCGUUGGAAAUGUAUGAGAAGCAACUGGCUAAAUUGACACCGAAGGUAACCUUCACCAAGAGUACCGCAUUCGUUCCUUCGUUCAUGGAAGAAUGGGUAUUCUACCAGGUGCAACGUGAGGACGUUAACGCUGCGGGUAGCGUUUGACUUUGAUCGUCGUACAACCGACGCUUGGAAUGCCGAAUAGCAACGUUCUCACUGCACAUUUUUCUGCCUCUAACAAUGUUUUUGCAUUUCGCAUUGUUCAGACUAUCACCAGCAUUAGCCAACCUUCUUAGCACAACUGCGAAUAGCGCUGUCAGUAGUAGCACUAGUAUGGCUGCCACUUUACAUCAUCUACUAGAAAGACCGUUUUUAAGCGUAAAUGUUAUAUGCGGUAGUUAGCUAGAACAGAAACUCGCAUCUUCCAGAGUCAGGAUACAAUAGAAGGUAGAAAAAUGGAAAACAAUUCAAUUAGACAUUAGAAAGUGGUGAUACUUAAUCUCAUCCUGCUUAGCUUCGUAUCAGAGCGAGAGAGAGAGGGGUUGUUCCAUGCCAAAUGAAUGGUGUCCUUAAUUUAUCCAUAUCACUUUUGUUACACGCAUUCAUUCUCUGUUCACUAAGCGAUGUACUCUCGAUGCACAAUGUUCAGGGAAUUGUUGGCAGGGGCAUGGUCCGGUUUGCUAACUUUGACCCAGAAUUACCAGUCAGGCACGAACGUUACCACGGUAGGAUUGGGUUGGGCGUGCUAGUUUGUAUUUAGUUUAGACCAUUGUUUUUCGUUGUUUUUAAUGUUGACCUUGGAGUUUAAUGUACUUACUAUGGCGAAGGAUACGGCCAACGUACUCCAUCACCGCUUACCGCCAAACAUCGGUAAUGGAAUAAAUGUGCGCAGCAGAAACGUGUACGGCCCGGAGAGUGGAAUGAUUGUGACCCAUAG